AAACUGAAGUCUUACCUUUAGUUUUUCUCUGCCAUUACAGGGUUUUGCGAGCAAAUCCAAACAAGAUGUCAGAUUCAGGCUUCCAGCAACAUUACCCUAUGACUGCACAAGGUUAUCGUGGCCCACAAACCGAGAACCCAACUCUCCAGCAGGGUGAUUAUCCUUCAGCACCAAAUGGUGUAGCACAACCUGGCUACCCUUCCCCACCUCCUGAUCAUAUGCCUGUAGAUACAAAUAAUCCACCACCUCAGGUUGGUUACAGUGCCCAUGCUUCACCCCUCCCAACAGUUACAACUAUACCACAAUGCCCCCCUCCCCUUUCUGAGGGGUUUACUACUAAAAAUCAAGAAGGACAGCAGCCACUGGAAGCAGAUCUGCAGUUACAGCCAGCUGCAACUGAUGUGCCACCAGGCCUUGAAUAUCUGGCAGAGCUCGAUCACAUUUUUGUACUUCAAAUGGCUGAACCUGCUGAAGUUUACGCCGGGGUCAGAGUCAACAAAAAGUUUGAUAUCUGCAACAGCUCAAGACAGAGAUUUCUCUAUGCCGAAGAACAGACUGAUGGUUUCACACGGAACUUCCUUGUUUCAUUGCAUCACUUUAACAUGAAGAUCUCAGAUAACACCAACCAAGAAAUCAUUCACUUAUUCCGGCCUUUGAGGUGUCAGAGUUGCUGUUGCCCUUGCUGUAUGCAAAAGAUGGAGGUUGAGUCCCCUCCUGGGACUAUAAUUGGCUAUAUUGUUCAACAAUGGCACCCCUGUAAAGCAAAAUUAUCAGUUCAGGAUGUAUCCAAAAAGACUUUGUUGAUGAUCAUUGGACCCAGUUGUGGAUGCUGUUACUGUAACGAUGUUAAUUUUAAGGUCCAGAGUGCAGAUGAAUCAUCCAGUGUGGGAUUGAUCACCAAACAGUGGGGUGGCUUUGCGAGAGAAGCCAUGACAGGCACAACUGACUUUGAGAUCCAGUUUCCAAUUGACCUUGAUGUUAAGGUGAAGGCACUUUUGUUAGGAGCUACUGUUCUUAUUAAAUUCAUGUUCUUCGAGGCGGACUAGAUGUGAAACAUUAGGACAUGGUUACCUACAAGAACAAAUGGUCUCCAUCUAUAUCUUCAUAAAGCAGUUCUGGACUUUGUAUUACAACUGGAAAUGGCAUGUGACUAUGUCAUAGUGACAAAACUGUACCAGACCAUGUAAACACUGAAUCAGGCAAGAAAGGUGCUAAUUGUUUCUCAAAGCUUCCUUGCUUGCCACUGUUUUUCAGACAUUUUGCAGUCUUCUUUAUCGAGCACUGUUAAAGUAAUGUAGUUAGGGCUUUGAUUGCCUCAGCUUUCCUAUGAGCAUUAUUGCAUUUAUCCAAGGCAGCUAUGAAAUUCAAUCUGUUUCAAAAAUGUUGCUUUUUCCCUUUUUUAUCAGUGCUGAACAAAUGUUCCUGAUUUCACAUAAUGUCCUGUUUUAGCCUCAUAUUUUGAACUGUUUAUGAUUCCUGGUAAAUCACUGAGGAUUGUAAUCCCUAGAGAAUAACUAAUAUUUGAUUUCCAGGCUUUAUAUACUUCAGAAAUUGUGUGCUAAUACAAACCUUAUUAUUGUAGCAACUUUCUAAGUUUAUAAGACCAAUAUUUAAAAUCUGAGCCUUGUUACUUACUUAUUUAUCCAUUUAUUUUUGCUUUAUCACUGACACCAGACUAAAAAGUUGAGAGAUAUGCCGCUGAGCAGUAGUGUCAAUUCAUUUGGAAUGACUGUCAGUACACCUGUAUGUAACUUCUACAAUGGAAGCACACAUCUGGUGUAUAAACAUGGAUAAGUGAAGCAGCAUAUUGUUACUGGUUUUACAAAUAUGGAUGGGAGGAAUGAUUAUAUUCUCUUAAGAUAUGUAGUAGCCAGCAAAGUGAAUGAAUUAAGGCUUGGUAAUAGUUAUUGUUCUUUUCAAGUACAUCACAGUGUUUUGUCCUAUGCUGCUCUCCUUACACAUUUAUGGUAAUGUUACUAAAUGUGAGACUGUCCAGAUUUUUUUACAAUGUCCAGACUUUCCCUCACAUUUUUGGUCUGUUCCUCAUAAAAUUUGUGGUUUUCUGACAAAUCCAUGAGGAUUUAAGUCACUAAAUAAUGACAGGCAUUUGAGUUUCAGACUUCAUACCAACUUUUUAAGUGUAUAAGGACAGUGUUUAAAAUCUGUCCCUAUUUUUGGACCUUUGUCUCUUCAUUUUUUGGGGCAUUGUCAAGAUUUAUUUAGCUAAUAGGUUGAGGGGUAUGCAUUAAACCUCACUCCUCCUCUUAAACAUUAUUCUUCAUGUAUCAUUCUCAUAAAUUCCAUCUAUUUCUAAGUAAUUUGUAGCUUCCCUUUUUUAAAUAUCCCACCUCCUGUUCCUUUAUCUCCUUUACAAUAGUCAGUACUGCAGUUAUAGAUGGCUUAUAUUUAGGUUUCCAUUUACUAGCAAUUGUUUUUUGGCAGCCAAUUCAUUACCAUUUGUAAGGCCUUGUGUCUAGGCAAUUCAGAUCCCAUGCCUCAGGGCAAAAUAAUAAUUUCCUUUAACAAAAAAGAAUUUCCUUAGUUACAACAAUUUGUAUCCCCAAACUUUCUGACACAGUACUCUGAGGGAAAUUUUAAAAUCUAUCAACUCAUAAUAUUUCCUCAAAAAAUUCCCAAUUACUUCUGUCUCUCUUCCAUCACCAGCAAUAUUUGCUAUCUGUCUGAGGAAGAAUUCUCUGAAGUCUGCUUAGAGCGUAAAUAUAUCUGUGUAAACCUUCUGGAAUUUGUUGUGUACUUGUAAGUUGUAUAGAUGUCCUCCCAUUGUUCUUUUGUAUAUUGACCUUCUAUUCUCUCUUCUCAAUUCUAGACUCAACUAAAAAAACUACAAGAGUUGGCCUUUCAUUUAACAAUCUCCAUUCACUUUCUCUUUGUCUGUACUUACUUAUCUCUAGUAGAAAAAGUAGUCUCCAACCUGAAGUCCAAACUUCUGCUUAGUCUCAUCAUACUCCAUUACAUUUUCCUCUCUAGUUAUUUGCUCCCAAAACCUUGGUUCCUUUACUAAUUUUGUCCAGUGAAUGCAUCCCUUUCUUGCCUAGUUUCUAUACCCUUACUCACAGGCAUCCUUAUUGGUAAAAAUCUCCAUUCCUGUGUUGACUUAGUUCUCAGAAUAUGUUCUGCUACUUUAUGAAUAUAGCAUUCUGCAUGGUUGUUCUUAUACUCCUUAAGGACCAGCAUCUUAAAUCCUACUUUCUCAUUACUUUUUGAACUCCCCACUAUUUCAUCAUUAUCAUCUCUUUUCACUUUAACUUAUAAACUUGUGCUUGUGUUAUGUAUAGCAGCCAGAACUGCAUAACUUAAAAAUAGUUCUUCAAAUCAGGUAAUCCUAAACUACCUUGUUCUAUGAGGAAGAAUGGACAGUCUAUGCACCUAAAGUCUCUGUAAGUUCAUGUAACCUAAUACUCACAAAAUAUGGCCAAGAAGAAUUAGUCUUGUGCAUUAAGCUGCUAUAUUUCACAAACACACACACACACACGCACAGACACACACACACACACACACACACACACACACA